CGUGAGGAAGCAAGGAGGAUACGUAUUUAUUUAUUUAUUUAAAUAUUUGUUUGUUUCCUUCCCUAAAGGGUGAGGGGAGGGGAGAGGGAAGACCGGAGGAGGGCGCGGAGGCAACGCCGUCACCAGAGGAGGCGGUGGCGGGGAAGAGGAGGAGAAGAAGCCGGCGCGGAGCCUCGCCUCACCUCGCCUCGCCUCACAGCCCCUCCGCCGUCCCCGCCUCGCCGUCCACGGCCGCCGGAGUCACCGGCGGCCGCCCGUCCUCAUGAUGGCCUCGACCCCCUGCACACGCUUCACCGACGAGUACCAGCUCUUCGAGGAGCUCGGAAAAGGGGCGUUCUCCGUCGUGAGGAGGUGUAUGAAAAUCACCACAGGACAAGAGUACGCUGCCAAAAUUAUCAACACCAAAAAGCUUUCAGCUAGGGAUCACCAGAAACUGGAGAGAGAAGCUAGAAUCUGUCGUCUCCUGAAGCAUCCUAAUAUCGUGCGGCUCCAUGACAGCAUAUCAGAAGAAGGAUUCCAUUACUUAGUCUUUGACUUAGUCACUGGAGGUGAAUUGUUUGAAGAUAUAGUUGCAAGAGAGUAUUACAGUGAAGCAGAUGCCAGUCAUUGCAUUCAGCAGAUCCUGGAGGCCGUGCUGCACUGCCAUCAGAUGGGCGUGGUCCAUCGCGACCUCAAGCCUGAGAACUUACUUCUAGCUAGCAAAUCCAAGGGAGCAGCAGUCAAACUGGCAGACUUUGGAUUGGCUAUAGAAGUCCAGGGAGAGCAACAGGCUUGGUUUGGCUUUGCUGGUACUCCAGGAUACCUUUCUCCAGAGGUGUUACGAAAAGAUCCUUAUGGAAAACCUGUGGAUAUGUGGGCAUGUGGAGUCAUUCUGUACAUCCUCCUGGUGGGAUACCCUCCCUUCUGGGAUGAAGACCAGCACAGGCUUUACCAGCAGAUCAAGGCUGGUGCUUAUGAUUUCCCCUCACCAGAAUGGGACACAGUGACUCCUGAAGCAAAAGACCUUAUCAAUAAAAUGCUCACCAUCAACCCAGCAAAACGUAUCACAGCAUCAGAAGCACUAAAGCAUCCAUGGAUCUGUCAACGUUCUACUGUUGCCUCUAUGAUGCACAGACAAGAGACUGUAGAUUGCUUGAAGAAAUUCAAUGCAAGAAGAAAACUAAAGGGGGCCAUUUUGACAACAAUGCUGGCUACCAGAAAUUUCUCAGCAGCCAAGAGUUUACUGAAAAAGCCGGAUGGAGUUAAGAAAAGGAAGUCCAGUUCGAGUGUUCAGAUGAUGAUAAACAACAAAACCAACGUGGUAACCAGCCCCAAGGAAAAUAUUCCUACCCCGGCGCUGGAGCCCCAAACUACAGUAAUCCACAACCCUGAUGGAAAUAAGGAAUCUACAGAGAGUUCCAACACGACCAUCGAAGAUGAGGAUGUGAAAGCUCGUAAGCAGGAGAUUAUCAAGGUGACCGAGCAGUUGAUUGAAGCCAUCAACAACGGGGACUUCGAAGCCUACACAAAAAUCUGUGAUCCUGGCCUUACAUCUUUUGAACCUGAAGCUUUGGGUAAUCUGGUAGAAGGGAUGGACUUCCACCGGUUUUACUUCGAAAAUGCUCUGUCCAAAAGCAACAAGCCGAUCCACACGAUCAUCCUGAACCCGCACGUGCACCUGGUGGGCGAGGACGCGGCGUGCAUCGCCUACAUCCGCCUGACGCAGUACAUGGACGGCAGCGGCAUGCCCAAGACCAUGCAGUCCGAGGAGACGCGCGUCUGGCACCGGCGCGACGGCAAGUGGCAGAACGUGCACUUCCACCGCUCGGGCUCGCCCACCGUGCCCAUCAAUGCCUAGCGCAGAGGGAUCCCAGCACAGCUCCAGCCCCUAGAUGCUACGGUAAUACAAAUCAUGCUGCAACCUCAGUUAGCUCCAUACUUGCUUCCAGCUCCUUUCCCUUCCUUCUCUCUCUGCAUUUGGCCCUGGCAUAUCUUGCAUGUGAAUGACACCUCAUUCUUCCUUGGCACGUGGUCCAGUCUUUGUACAAGAGCCUCAGUCCAUGGCAGUGCCUGCGAUGUCCAUGCUGAGGAAGUGAAGUUACAGCCAGAGAUUCACGGCUGAAUUCUACCCUUCCUUCCUUAAGGAAUCCCUUAAGACACUUUGGCUUCCUGCCUCAGUUUUCUUUUUGAUUUUCACAGCCUCUCUGGCAUCUUGUAAAGAUGGAAAAUGUCUGUUAAGUGGUUUGAUAAAUAAAGGAAUGCUUUGCCUGAGUGGAGGUUUUUUCCCUUGUUUUUCCCCCAGUAUCAUGUUUAGUGAUCUCGACAAGAUGGGUUUUUUUCAAUAGCAUUGGCUAACACUUGAGCAUGUGUUGUUAUCUGGUGGUGAUGUUACCUCAGUAAUGGAAAUCUGUUUGUUUUUUUUUCUCCUUCCUCCUAGCUAAAAAUAUCAGCGGUGCCGCUCUUGCAUUUUCUGUACCCAACGCACCUGGUUGAUUACCAUCUUGGCCAUCCCGUUCUCUUCAUGCAUGUUUCUGAGUGCAUGAAGUUGUGAAGGUUCUUCAUGUAACACAUUUGUGAUGCACCACGUUGCUGUAUAUUCCAUCUGUACACUGUUAACAUUUCAAUGAAGGUGAUGUUCCAUGCAAAUAGAGAAUAACAAGGCGUAAAAGACAAAAAAGAGAUAUUGGAUGGACAGCAGUAGACACACAAUACAUUUGUCACUUGCUCCAUUUAUGCCAAGACAUAAAUUUUGACAGACAACUUUAAAAUCUAAGGUGUUUAUUAAAAAAAAAGAAAAAAAAAAGAAAAAGUAUAUUUUACCGUCUUUUUUUAAGAACUGGUUUUUGACUCCUCCUUUUCUCCUGAGUCCCAGGAUUUUGCUUUGGUUCUGGCAGGAAUGGUUAGGAUUUCCGCUGGCAGCUCCAUUACUGUAAAACAGAUUUUUAUCCUAGAUGGACAAAAUCACUGAUAAAUGGGGAAGUGUUAAUAUCUUGGCUUUGGACCAGCUGCAGCCUUUAUAGUUUAUUAGUCUUUGUAAACUGGAAAAAUCUCUUCAUUUGCUGGCCUGGCCACUCCAGAAUUAACUGUCAGUGUUCUGGUGAGUCAGCAACUUCCGUUUUUCUUUUGAGUCCUUUUCGCUUUCUUAUUUUGCUUAACUGAAUGGUUCUGUCGGAUAAUUAAGCAAAAUUAAAAAUUGUAAGGAACUAAGUGAUAAUUGAGAGACAGUUUUUGAGGAUUAAAAUGGAAGGAAAGAGAAAGAUUUUUAUCGCUUUUAGGAUGUACUGUAAAUUUUUUAAGGAGGCUUUAAAAAAUAUAAUAUGUGGGUUAAUGUAUAGACCAGUUGUGUGGAUAAUAUACUCAAGAAAUAUUAGGCCUUAAAGCUAAGUAUGAAGAGUUUACUUACAUUACACUGCUGCUGUUGCUUCUCUGGAAAUGAAUUACGGAGACAUGGGUUUUCCGUGGAGCCCUCACACUGUACCGCAGGUUUGUGUCCCCCUCUGCCCUCAGUCCGCCCGUGGUUUCUCCAGCCGCCCUGGCAGCGCUCCGUGUGGAGGCCGGCGAUCCCGCCAGGCUCGUCCCAGCUCCAGGCCGAGCGAGGGUGGGACGCCGUGCUGGCAGCACAGAAUGCAACCUUUGCAACAGGGACUGGUUCUCCUUCCCUCACGUUGCUGUAAAAACACACCCUGGCAAGAAUUUCGGUUUCUUCCCUUCCAGUGUUGCAGGAAAGGCCAGGCUGGGCUGCUCCUGUUCUCCCCGUGGUUCUGCUGGCAGCAGGCUCCUGCUCCCGCAGCGCUGUACAGUGCAUGGUGUCUGAGUCAGUGUCCUUUUUAGCCGUCCAAAAUUUACAACUCGGCAGCCAGAACUUUUUAAAAUGGGAAAGCUUCCUAAUUUGUAUCAUUUCACCUUUCUGUGUUGAUUACUAAUCAGAAGCAGUUCUUAAACAUGUUGAUGUUGUUACUAGUGGAUGUAUGGUAGAUGGACUUAAGCUUCUCUGAUAAUUACUACAUGAUUUUAAACAAUAUAUAUUUAAAGUAAGCAUCUACAAUAAAUGUGUUGAGCCAUAUUAACCUGCCAAUGGGAUCUGUGAAAAAAGUAAUGGCCUCAUUUUUUUCUCAUUAAUUUCUUUUUUUUUUCUUUUUCUUCUUUUUUUUUUUUUUUUUUUUUUUGUGAAGCGGCUAUAAGUGGCAUAACUGUAUUUAAAAUUAACCAAUUAGGUGUAGGGUGUUUUUUUUAUACUUCUAACAUAGCAUGUGGUGUUGAUGUAUUACUGUAGACCAAGUUUGUCUUCCACACCAAGACGUGAGGAACUUGUGAUUUGUUCUCUCCACCACAACUGAAUUAUACACUUCUGUCAUUUUGGAACACUGCAGUUUACCAUGGGACACAGUGUACAUAUUUCUUGCCAUAAUGGUAAAUGAUUGAUAUAUUUAAGAAUUAAUAAAUUUGUGAUUUCUGCUGA